CACAUUUAAGCGCACGCGUCGUCAUUGGUAGCCGUGUUAGUCGUGGGAUCGAACUUCGAAGCUCCAACUUUCCAGCCUUCUCCUCUUAAAUUAAACUGUAACCAUGCCGAACCUUGGUGAUAUAUUCCCUAAUUUUGACGCUGAUACCAGCGAUGGAACAAUCAAGUUCCAUGAUUGGCUUGGUAAUUCUUGGGGAAUCCUGUUCUCCCACCCUGCUGACUACACGCCAGUCUGUACCACUGAACUGGGGAGGGUUGCCACUUUGACACCCGAGUUUGAGAAGCGUGGUGUCAAACUGAUCGCUCUGUCCUGUGAUGGUGUCGAAAGCCAUAGGGGAUGGAUCAAGGACAUCGUAGACUAUGCCAAGUUUGAGAAGACGUGGCCAUACCCGAUCAUAGCUGACCCCAAGCGUGAGCUCGCUGUCCAGUUUGGUAUGCUCGACCCUGACGAGAAGGACAGUGCAGGAAUCGCACUGACCGCUCGAUGUGUCUUUAUCAUUGGACCCGACAAGAAACUGAAGCUUUCCCUUCUGUAUCCAGCUACAACUGGCAGAAACUUUGAUGAGAUCCUACGUGUGAUUGACUCUCUCCAGCUGACGGCUACUAAAAGGGUCGCGACCCCAGCAGAUUGGAAGUCUGGCGAAGAUUGCAUGGUCCUUCCAAACAUCAGCGAAGAAGAUGCGGCCAAGCUCUUCCCAAAGCAUAGGAAGGUAGCAGUCCCAUCCGGAAAGGGCUACAUUCGAUUGACCCCUCAGCCAUAGGGCGCAACACUUGGGUGACCUUUCCACCAAAUUUGGGGUCUAUUUUUAGAUUACUCUGAAGAACACCAACAUUAUAUUUUCCUUUUACAUCAAUAUGAAAGUAUUUGAAAAUGUGUAUUUACAGUUUGCUCUAUUUUUGCAUGUUUGUUGGUUGGAAAGGUCACAGCACAAAGAUAUAAGAUACAUGUGUUUUUCUUUUUUUUAUAUUAUAAUUAUUAUUCCAGGAUCUAUGAAAAACACACUAAUUAUUCUUUUGAUAUGUUUGUAUGGUUUGAGUGGGAUGACAUUGUUUCUUUUUGUAAGAAUGAAAAAUUAAGAUGCAAAUAAUUCAAUAAGUGAUAAAAUCAUGUUAUAUAGUAACUCUGAAAAUAAUGAGAGGAAAUUAUAUUAUCUGACCAAGUUAGAAAAUGUUCGUAAAGAAAAUGCAUUUGUUUCUUUUCUUUUGGUUAACACAGUGAUAUUUGUUUUACGCAUUCCACAGUUGUUCAGUUUUGUGAUAAAUGUGACUAAAAUGCUUCCAAAUAAGUCUCUUUCUUGCAUAUUUUGGGGACAAAUUUAUGAGAAUGUCCUGUUCUGUUGUCUUUGUACUAUAAUGAUGUUUAUGAAUCAGAAGUUUUUUUAUAGAGUAACUAGCAAACACCAGUUAUGCAACUUGAGAUAUUGCUCAAGUCAAAUAUAUGAAAAUUUAAAGUACCUGUUUGCAUACAUGUAUGUCCUUUGUUGUUCACAUAUGUGAAAUAGACAGUGACUAUUAUACGAUAGAAGAAUUUUGGUCCUUGACUCGAUGAAAUUGGCUAAAUUAUUUUCCUUUUUUUUUUGGGGGGGGGGGUCAAAAAUUUACAUCACAUUACUGAUUCAGUACUUAAUAUUCAAGCAGCUGACUGGAUAGAUAUUUUAAUAUCAAACUUGAAAAAUGUGCCUUUGUUUUACAACUUUCAGCGUGGACUGCCUUUCAAAAAAAAAUUGUUGGAAAGUGUAUACCAGGUAUCUUAAAUUGAAAAUUAAGUUCCAAGGAGGCUUUACAUGUAAUGUUGGUAUAGGAGUUUUAUAUCAUGUUGCAGGAUGGUUGAAUGCUUGUGUGCUUACCAUUGUUUCACCAAAAAAGAUACACAUCUCUAAAAUAAAAUGUCAAAGUUGAAACAGAA